AUGUUUGAGGACAGGGACACCAGUUUCUUCAGGCCGUGGGACAAUCGUGAUGCGACCACGAGGGAAAACAGGAUCGAGGAGCAAGAAGAUGCAAUUAAGAAGGAUGUGAAACACGAGGAUCGUCGAUAUUCCGGUUUCGAAAGGGGGGCUGUCGACUCGAUCCCUUUGUCGUCUCGCUCUUUCGGAAGGCGGAGAAGAAGGAAGAGCGAUUCCUCCGUCAGAACGACGAGCAGCUCAUCGUCAAAAGUGGAGGACGAGAGCAGGAACGGGAGUCUGGAAUCGUCGAAAGAUUCCGUUCUCGACUGCCCACUGCCUUCUGGGACGGACGCCCCUCUCUCCAAUCCUCCUGAAUCUCGUUCAUCGCGUUUAAAUGGCCGCUCGUUGUACGACGCGCCGCGUUGCUCGAUCGAUUAUCUUCAGGGGAUGACCGUUUCGAACGAGCCCGAUUCCCUGCGCUCUGAUGGCCCGUGGCUUGAUCCCGUGGUCUCAUCGUUGCCAACUGCCUCGACGACAGCGACCACGGGGCACCCGUUUUAUUAUCGCGGAUUCCCUUCGGUGUUGCACACCUUCCCGCAAGAAUUACAAGCGCCAUUCGUGGAGCAUGCUGUGGGGAUGCUCCAGAGGCAGGAAGCGGUCGCGAAGCAAAUGAGGAAAUUGCGGCCGAAAAAGUUCAGGUGCGAACACUGCGACGUCGCAUUCAGCAAUAACGGGCAACUAAAGGGGCACAUCAGGAUACACACAGGUGAAAGACCGUUCAAAUGCGACGCGAAGGAUUGCGGCAAAUCGUUUACCAGGAACGAAGAGUUGACGAGGCACAAGAGAAUCCACACUGGACUUCGUCCACACGCUUGCAUAAUUUGUGGAAAGUGUUUUGGUAGGAAAGAUCACUUGAAGAAGCAUAUGAGAACACACGAGAAUCGUGAUCCAUAUAGGAUGUCGGCGGCUACGUUGGGAAUGAUCGGUUUAGGAAAUACUCUACCUCAAAAUAUGGGAUUUUUCCCAUAUUUCUAUCCAACGUGA